GAAACAAAAACUAGAAUGUGUCAAAGUUCUGCUGGGUAAUGGAGCAAAUCCAAAUACACCAGAUGAUAAAGGAAGAACUGCAUUGAUGUUUGCAGUAAGUUGCAGGCAGGUUGAAUGUGCUGAACUUUUAAUACAAUGCAAGGCUGAUGUGAAUGCCAAAGAUGCUGAAGGAGAAACACCAUUGCUCUAUGCCAUAGGAAAGCAAUCUUUAAAAUGCUCAACAUUAUUGGUGAAACAUGGCGCAAAUGUUAAUCAAGCUAAAAGUGCUAUCAAAGGAUAUACCGACAGCAACAUUCCAAGUUUUCUUAUCAAUAAAGGCGCAGACGUAAACCAGAGUGAUAAAGAUGGGAAAACACUGUUGAUGUAUGCCUCUGAAUGCCCAAACAAAGUUGAACUUGUUGAUUUACUUUUGAAAAAUGGAGCAGAUAUUCAUGCUGUGUGUAGUGUGGAGGGUUCCACUGCACUUAUGUAUGCUGCUGAUGUAGUACCCAAUGAGAAAACAUUGAAGCUACUUAUCGAGAAAGGAGCAAAUGUUAAUGCCAGGGACAAGCGAAAUAACACAGCACUUAUAUGGGCAGCUAUGGGUGUAAAUACCACUGAUAAUGCCAGAAUUCUGAUUGAAAAUGGGGCAGAAGUCGAUGCAAUUAAUAAUGAUCAUUAUACAGCAUUGCUCCUUGCAAUCAAACAAGAUGUUUUUCUACAGGCAGUCCAAGAGAAAAAGCUAGAAUUCAACAUCAAAGAUUGGACAAUAACAGGAACAUGUACUACAAGAGUGUUUCGAGACCACGUUAUGGAGAUGUUGCACAAAUUCUCUGAUGUUCUGUUUGGCGACAAUGAAUUCAUGAAACUGUUAUUAGAUAACAAUGCAAAUGCUAAUGCAUGUGAUGAUAAUGGAGAAACAGCGCUGAUAAAAUCAAUCAAAUACCAGAAUAUGAAAGCAUUCUACACUCUUCUCAGAAGUGCACCUGAUGUUAAUCUGGCAGAUAAUAAUGGAUGCACUCCCCUUAUGCACACCAUGCUGUACAUGCCCCAUGUAAUGAACUUCCACAUGUUUACAAUGGCUGUUGCACUACUUCGCAAAGGAGCUAAUCGUUUUACUGAAAGUAAUGAGGGUUUGACAGCUGAGAAAAUCGCAAAGACUAAAAACAUAAGCUUGGGACUGUGGGAUAAAAUCAGGAAAAUGGUUGAUGAAUUUAUUUCACAAAAUCCAUACCAUGCCAUUGAGAAGACACCAAAAUGUGACAAGCUGUACAGAAAUAAAGAGAUAGAAGUUGAUACUGGAAACAAAGGGUGGGCUUUUAGUGGUGGUGAUGCUGAACAUAAGAACCUCCAUACCUGUGAUGUAGUACCUGGCACUGUUCCUGAAACAUCAGAAGACACCACAACAAGCCAAGGUGAAAGCAAGAAUGAUGGAUGUGCUGCUUGUCAUGAUGAUGAGUCAUCUGAAAUAUGCAAUCUGACGGGCAAAGAGAAAAGAAUUUUGCUUAGCCUAGAAGAAGUCCAUAGUUUUGGAACACCACCUGGACAUUCCAGAUUCACCAUAUACUUAAAUAAUACCAAUGAUGAUGAAACAAAAGGUAAAAUAAAAGAAGCUCUCCCUUCCCAUAAAUUCGAAUUUGAAGGAACUGAUGAUCAACCUGAAAGUGUAAGUUUUGGGGUAGCUGGAGCAAGUAUUGGGACACCUUAUAAGGGAACACUAGGGGGGUGUAUCAAAAUCAACCAAGAUGAUGGGAAUUCCAUACCAUUUGCACUAACAGCCCAUCAUGUGGUUAAGGAGGUCGAUAAAGGUGGUCCAGUAGGUAUCUUUACAGAAGAUCCUCAAUCUGGUUCUGUCAUUUGGAAGCCCAUAGGUACAUUAGAAUAUGCCAUUGGCCUGAGCCCCACUGAGUCUGAUGUUUUUCAGGAAACGACAUAUGAUCUUGCACUCAUCAAGCUACAUGAUCAAAUCAAAGAAUGUGGUAAAUGUGAUUUUAAGCCAAUUGACAAAAAGGUAGUAAAAUCCAUAAAAUUAGUUCACAAGAGAGGGUGUAUGACAAAUGAAACAAUUGGAAAGGUAUUGGAUUAUCGUUUUAGUGGGAAAAUAAACUGUGAACUUGAAGUAGGAGUGAGAAAAGAUGUUACAAUUCUAAAUGCCAUAAAAAUAAUUGGUAUCAAUCAAAAGCCAUUUGCAGUGAAGGGUGACAGUGGAUCCUUUGUGUAUUUUAAGGAAAAUGAUAAAUGCUAUGUCAUUGGAAUGUUCUACUUUCUUGGAAUCACCAAGGAUAAGAAACAGGUUGCAUUGGCAUUUCCUCUAUGUAGUGCGUUCAAGGAAUUAGCAGAGAAAUUUCCAGAGUUUAAAGGUUGUAAAGGGUUCAUGGCAUGUUCCGGGGUUAUAUGUAACACAAGUGCCCAUUAAACAUCAGGAUUCCUCAGAUAAAGACAUUAGGCUUCUACAACUAGGGACACCACACUGCCCUGUUCUAUCAUAGACAUACUUUGUCAUUCCAAACAUACUGAGCCAUAAUGUAUAUUAUCAUGCCAAACUACACAAAACAUACAGAACCAUAAUAAU